AUGUCGAAAGCUAUCGUCAAAACCACUUUCGAGGCGUCCCGCACGCUCCGCCCCAUUUACACCGGCGGUAGCACGGCGCUUGAUGCCAGUGGGCGCAUCUUGCUGAGCUGCGUGGGCGAGGAUGCCUUGAUCGUCGAUUUGGAGACUGGUAACCAGCUUACUAGCCUGGAGGGGGAUGGAGAAAUUGUCACAGGUUUGGCUAUCACGCCUUCCGCCUCACACGCCAUUGUCUGCUCGCGCUCGAUGUCCAUGCGAAUCUACGGCCUCUCAACUUUCGACGAGACUUCCCAGACCAUUGAAGCAAAACUUCUCCGAACCCUUAAGCCUCACACAGCUCCCGUUGUGACCAUUGCUGUUGACCCUACUGGCACACUACUUGCCACUGGUGGUGCCGAUGGCUCAAUCAAGGUCUGGGACAUCAGAGGUGGCUUUGUCACCCACACUUUCCAUGGUCACGGUGGUGUCAUUUCUGCGCUUUGCUUUUUCGAGGUUCCUACUGCCGAAAGUGAUGCCAAGUCAUCCAAGAAGAACAAGUCUAAACAGGCUACGGAGGAUGAUGAUGAAGAUAUGGAGGGCUCAGCCCGUACGGGUUCCACUGCAGGAUUCCGCCUAGCAUCUGGCAGUGAAGAUGGCAAAAUGCGUGUAUGGGAUCUGCACAAGAGAAAGCCCAUUGCAUCGCUCGAGUCACAUGUUUCACUUGUCCGCAGUUUGUCCUUUUCUCCGUCAGAGAACGCAUUGAUCUCGGCCAGCCGAGACAAGACUGUCAUCGUCUGGGAUGCGCGUACUUGGAAAACCCGCAGGAUCAUUCCUGUUUUGGAGAGUGUGGAAGCCGCGGCUUUCAUUGCGGAUAGCGGACUGUGCGUUAUCGGUGGAGAAAAUGGCAAACUGCGAGUUUGGGACUGCAAUCGUGGAAGCGAGAUCACAGAGGAACAAGAAGCUGGAGAGGAGUUUGAAAGCGUCGUCGCUAUCCAAUAUUCCCCUGGUUUACCUUUUGUGCUCACCGUCCAUGCGGAUCAGACUCUCCGCCUCCAUUCGCUCGAGUCGCUGUCUGAUUAUAAGCCAGGGUCAACUUUGGAGCCUUUGGCGAUUAUCCGCCGCAUUUCCGGCAAUGACGACGAGAUCAUUGAUCUGGCUUACAUUGGGCCUGAUCGAUCGAUGCUUGCUUUGGCCACCAACACCGAGAGCAUCCGUGUAGUUUCGGUUGCUCCCUCGGAAGACCGACCCUCAACCCAGGGAGAGGAGUACUUCGGUGCUGAUGUCACACACCUGGAAGGCCACGACGAUAUUAUCAUUUGCAUUGAUGCAGAUUGGUCAGGACACUGGCUAGCAACUGGCGCUAAAGAUAACACAGCCCGUCUUUGGCGUAUUGACCCGAAGACAUCCUCUUAUACUUGCUUUGCUAUUUUCACUGGUCACGCCGAGUCGUUGGGAGCAAUCGCCCUUCCCCGUGUGCCACCUCCUGUUGGAACGAUGGGAUACAAGCAAGUUAGCCCCCUGACAGGAGAAAAGCCACACUAUCCCAAGGCCAUCUAUACUCGCAAGGCUCACGAAAAGGAUAUUAAUGCCAUUGAUAUCGAUUCUACAUCUGAACUGUUUGCCUCAGCAUCACAAGAUCGCACCGUGAAGAUCUGGGCCGCCGACGAAGGCUCAUCGGUUGGUGUCCUCCGUGGCCACAAGCGAGGUGUUUGGUCGGUGCGAUUCGCCCCGCAAGGCACACCGAUUAUCAACUCAGAUUCACGUACCAGCACGAGCCGUGGCCUAGCAGUCACAGGCUCUGGUGACAAGACCGUCAAACUGUGGAGUCUGUCUGACUACAGCUGUCUCUUGACUUUCGAGGGCCAUACCAACAGUGUUCUCAAAGUCCUCUGGCUCCCACCUCCCCAGGUCUCGAACAACCAAAUCGACGAUGACGAGGAUGAUGAAGAGGCCGCAACAGCACGCAAAAACGCCAUCCAGGACCGCCCCCUUAUCGCCUCCGCCGCUGCAGACGGCCUGGUCAAGAUCUGGUCUCCCUACACAGGCGAGCUCGAAACCACCCUGGACAACCACAUCGACCGAGUCUGGGCGCUUGCCAGCCCAACCCCAUCCGGCUCACGCGCAGACGUGAAGCCAACCUCCUCCAAGCUCAACACCACUCCCUACGCCAUCGCCUCUGGUUCUGCCGACGCAACAGUGACCUUCUGGACUGAUACUACAUCAUCCACCUACACAGCCGCUGUCAACGCCAGCUCUGCUCGCGUCGAACAGGACCAAGAGCUGCAGAACUACAUCCGCGCCGGUGCCUACCGCGAAGCCAUCACUCUGGCCCUGCAACUCAACCACCCGGGUAGACUGCUGUCGCUCUUCACUUCCGCCAUCAACGCCGCAGACGACCCAACCGUCCCGGCCGAGGACCGCGAGCAAGCUGCAGCCAGUCUGUCUGGUAACCCGUCCAUCGACGAAGUCCUGCAGAACUUGGACCCUGCCAAUCUGCGCACGCUCCUGCUCCGUCUCCGGGACUGGAACACCAAUGCGCGCACAUCUCGCGUCUCACAGCGCAUCCUGUAUGCUCUGUUCCGCUCUUACCCUGCGUCCACUUUCGUGGAGCUUGCGACCCAGUCCGUCCGCGGAAAGGAGGGUCGUGCCGCAGCUGGUAUGAAGGAUAUUCUCCAGGCACUGGCUGCGUACACUGAGAGACACUACAAGCGGGUUGAGGAGCUGGUCGAUGACAGCUACUUGGUGGAGUGGGUUCUCGGUGAGAUGGAUGGUGGUGUUGGACUUGGUGGACUGCGUGAUUUGACUGUGGGCGAUGUCAGUGAGGAAGAGCAUGAGAAGGACGUUAUUAUGUUGGAAGCAUAG